GCCGGGCCUCAGAGGUGCUGAAGCGCGGGCCGAGCCGCGCGGGUCCGCCGAGCUCCGGGUCGUGUCGCGGAAGGGCGGCACGGCGCACCGGGGCGAUGAGCGGCGCCCGGGGCGAUGGCCCGGAGGCCGGCGAGGCCGGGGUGCGCCCGGCGCCCGAGGCCCCCGGCGUCGCGGCGAGCGUGGACCUGCCAGGGCUGCUGGCGCAGCUGGCGCGCGGCUUCGCGCUGCUGCUGCCGGUGUACGCGCUCGGCUACCUGGGGCUGAGCUUCAGCUGGGUGCUGCUGGCGCUCGGACUGCUCGCCUGGUGCCGCCGCCACCGCGGCCUCAAGGCCGGACGCCUGUGCCGCGCGCUGGCGCUGCUGGAGGACGAGGAGCGCGCCGUGCGCCUGGGCGUGCGCGCCUGCGACCUGCCGGCCUGGGUUCAUUUUCCAGACACUGAAAGAGCAGAAUGGCUAAAUAAGACUGUAAAACACAUGUGGCCUUUUAUUUGCCAAUUUAUAGAGAAGUUGUUUCGAGAAACCAUAGAACCUGCUGUGCGGGGAGCCAACACUCACCUCAGCACCUUUAAUUUCACAAAGGUUGACAUGGGUCAGCAGCCCCUUAGGAUCAAUGGUGUUAAGGUGUAUACUGAAAAUGUAGACAAAAGGCAAAUUAUUCUGGAUCUUCAGAUUAGUUUUGUAGGAAAUUGUGAGAUCGAUUUGGAGAUCAAACGAUAUUUUUGUAGAGCUGGUGUGAAAAGUAUACAGAUCCACGGCACGAUGCGGGUGAUCCUGGAACCACUGAUCGGAGACAUGCCCUUAGUCGGAGCUUUGUCUAUAUUCUUCCUUAGGAAACCACUUUUGGAAAUUAACUGGACAGGACUGACUAAUCUUCUGGAUAUCCCUGGAUUGAAUGGUUUAUCAGACACUAUCAUUUCGGAUAUAAUUUCAAAUUAUCUGGUACUUCCCAAUCGAAUCACCGUCCCUCUUGUCAGUGAAGUCCAGAUUGCCCAGUUGCGGUUUCCUGUGCCAAAGGGUGUUCUAAGGAUACAUUUUAUUGAAGCUCAGGAUCUUCAGGGAAAAGACACUUAUCUCAAGGGGCUUGUCAAGGGAAAGUCAGACCCCUAUGGGAUUAUUCGCGUCGGCAACCAAAUCUUCCAGAGCAAGGUCAUCAAAGAGAACCUGAGUCCAAAGUGGAACGAGGUGUAUGAGGCUUUAGUCUAUGAGCACCCUGGACAAGAGCUGGAGAUUGAGCUCUUUGAUGAAGACCCAGACAAGGAUGACUUUUUAGGAAGUCUUAUGAUUGAUCUUAUUGAAGUUGAAAAGGAGCGCCUUUUAGACGAAUGGUUCGCUCUGGACGAGGUCCCCAAAGGAAAGCUGCACCUGAGACUGGAGUGGCUCACGUUGAUGCCAAACGCAUCCAACCUUGACAAGGUGCUCACAGACAUCAGGGCAGACAAAGACCAGGCCAAUGAUGGUCUGUCCUCUGCAUUGCUGAUCUUGUAUUUGGAUUCCGCAAGGAACCUUCCGAGUAUCUACGAGGGAAACUUUGGGUGUGGCUACUUAAAAGAGAGGCGCGCGUCGGGACUAGUGUUUUGUGAAAAUACUGCCUCAGUCUAUAGAGCACUAUUUAGUAACCCAUUAGAAUUUAACCCCGAUGUCUUGAAGAAGACUGCAGUUCAGAGAGCUUUAAAGUCAGGGAAGAAAAUAAACAGCAACCCAAAUCCUCUUGUCCAGAUGUCCGUUGGGCACAAGGCUCAAGAGAGCAAGAUUCGGUACAAAACCAAUGAACCUGUGUGGGAGGAAAACUUCACUUUCUUCAUUCACAAUCCCAAGCGCCAGGACCUUGAAAUUGAGGUCAGAGACGAGCAGCACCAGUGCUCCCUGGGCAACCUGCGGGUCCCCCUCAGCCAGCUGCUGGCCAGCGAGGACAUGACCCUGAACCAGCGGUUCCACCUCAGCAACUCGGGUCCCAACAGCACCAUCAAAAUGAAGAUCGCACUCAGGGUACUCCAUCUUGAAAAGCAAGAGAGGCUUCCAGACCACCAGCACUCAGCUCAAGUGAAACGACCCUCUGUUUCCAAAGAAGGGAGGAAGAUCUCUGUCAAAUCUCAGCCGUCUGCAUCUCCCGGCCCUGGCGGCAGCAGCAGCACAGCCCAGUCUACGCCGGCCCCCGGGGGCAGCGACAAGCCGGGUGUGGAAGAGAGAGCCCAGCCACCCGAGGCCAGCCCUCAAGGGCCUCGAGACCUGGGCCGGAGCUGCUCCAGCCUCCUGGCGUCCCCCAGCCACGCCUUGGCCAAGGAGCCCACCCCCAGCAUAGCCUCGGACAUCUCGCUGCCCAUCGCCACCCAGGAACUGCGGCAGCGGCUGAGACAGCUGGAGAAUGGGACCACGCUGGGGCAGUCUCCGCUGGGGCAGAUCCAGCUGACCAUCCGGCACAGCUCCCAGAGGAACAAGCUCAUCGUGGUCGUGCACGCCUGCAGAAAUCUCAUCGCCUUCUCUGAAGAUGGCUCUGACCCGUACGUGCGCAUGUAUUUAUUGCCAGACAAGAGGCGGUCAGGGAGGAGGAAAACACACGUGUCCAAGAAGACGUUAAAUCCAGUGUUUGAUCAAAGCUUUGACUUCAGUGUCUCGCUGCCGGAGGUGCAGAGGAGGACGCUGGACGUCGCGGUGAAGAACAGCGGCGGUUUCCUGUCCAAAGACAAAGGGCUUCUUGGCAAAGUAUUGGUUACUCUGGCAUCUGAAGAACUCACCAAAGGUUGGACCCAGUGGUAUGACCUCACAGAAGACGGGACGAGACCACAGGUGGUGACGUAGCCUCGCGGGCGCAAGGCAUCCUCCCCCAUCUCUACACGGAGCACAUCCCUCCACAGGCGCACCGAUCCUAUUUUUAUAAUUUCAUGUAUUUAGUUAUACAUAUCUUAACAGUUUUAUAAAAGUAUUGAUAUUUUAGGCAGAUUUGGCCAAUAUUAUCAGUAGAUUUUAUAUGUUGAAUUUUCUCUGGUAUUCCAGCAGGGGUCAGGAUGGGCGGUAAGGUGGUGGUUGGCGUGUUCUGUGCAGCUCCACGUCAGUCGUGUGUUAGGGAGUGGAUCUGCGUGCUGCUUUGCUGUUGCCUUGCUUUGUGUAUUGCCGAGUUACACUCUGCGUGUAAAUAGACUCUAUUUUUUAUAAUCUCCACACGCUGGUUUGACUUCAGAAGAAAAUAGAGCAAGGAAAUAUAUAUUUUCUUCUAAGACUUAUUAAAUUCUUGUGACAAAUAAUCAUUUUCAUCUUUGCAGCAAAAAGUUCUCAGUGACCUAUUUUGUGAUGUUUCUUUUUAAAAAGAAAAACUGAAAGAUUAUUAAAUAGUAUAUUUCUGCCCAAUUACGAAUGAUGAAGUAUUCAGAAUAUUAACAUUUUCAUAAAUAUAAAGAUGUAUUAUUGAGAUAUAAGUUAAAGGGCUUAUAAGGGAAAAUGUUUUAUAGCUGAAUAAUAUAAAAUAUUGAGAGAUUUGAUGUAGGUUCAUAAAUCAUAGUGUACUAACCUGCAAAAUCUUAUAUAAAAAUGAAAUGUCUUAAGUUUAUUUUAAUUGCUUUGUUGUAACAUCCAUGAAAUAGUACUCAGAUACAUAUGUUACACUUUUCCUAAAACACAGGAAUGGACUUUCAGUGUUAGCAGUGAGGCUAUUGUAAAAUAGUCACGAGCUUGGUUAAUUUUCAGCGUUUUCCCAGCCUGUUGAGAGAAGGUGCACAUCGCGCUGUAGAUUUGUGAGGUGGAUCGGGAUGAGUAGACAGGAUACUGCGUUGGGACUGUGCACCUCCAGCCCUGGCUGCUCCGCAGGCUGAGGUGGGGUGGCUCUGGACUCAGCGCUUUGCCGACAGGGUGUCUGCACCCAGUUUGGCAUCACUGUGGCAACCUCCCUGGUGACAGGCCCAGCUCGGAAAUGGAACAGGUCAGAACUCGAGUGUGGAUGGGUGGUGUGAUCUGAAAGCUUGUUCACACGCAUGUGCUGGUGUCACAUCGUGUAGGGGGUGCUGCUCCUGGUGGGCCCACCAGGACCAGCUGGGAAGCUCUUGCUUUUAAACAGCCGUCUACCGGGUUUCCUCACUUCAUGUCAUGAUUAACCGUAAUAUUGGGAUAUUAUUGUAUAGUUUUUAUUUUGGAAUCUUUUCUUUUUCUGCUGAGAUUAUUAAAAGCAUGUUUCGUAUACCUGAAUCCCCAUCCCCACCCCCUUGAGGCCCGGCUCCAUGACAGCACCCGGGCGAGCGUGUCUGUGAGCAUGUCGUGCACAUGCAGAAGCAGUCUCAGUGUGUGAGCUGUGUGACGAGAUGGCUUCCUGGGCCGUGAGAAUGUCUUAAAGCUGUGUGUAAAUAUGUUGGGGAAAACAUAACUUUGUGAUUGCAGUUGAAGCUCCCACCUAACUCCUGUCACACACCUGGGCAGCUUGGGGACAACGCACACGACCAAGCAUACCAAAGUGCCUGUGCAGACCUGGCUGUUGCCACACACCCCUCUCUUCUGGCAGAGUUUAACUCUGUUUCAGUUUGUAACUUAUGCUUUGAACCGUGUGUUUAUUUGUAAUGGAGUCUGCAGCUUCACAGUACAUUGCAUGUGACCACAAAGGGCAGUGUCAUCUCACUGUCUCCCAUUCAAGGACACUUUGGAGCCUCGUGCUAAACCACUGCAGUGAUCCUGGGGCUUGCGGACGUGUCAGCACACUCACGCGAACGUGAGUGCACGCAAAACAUCGUCAAACUGUGUCAUGCAGCGUGAGAAAAACUGGCGUCACUUGUUAAAUCUGUCUGCUUUCCACAGUGUUAGAUUUUUUGAUGGUUUUUUAAAAUGUAGGUCUGUUAAAGGCAUGUCAUAACCUAUAAGAGAGAAGAAAUUCUCAUUGAAAUUUUAGCAUGCCAGUAAUUUUUACCAACAGCCUACACAUCUGGGGGCUGCACCCACAUGCUUCAUAUGGUCGAUGUGUGUUUUACUUAGUGGGACGCUGUGUUUAAGCAGUUAGGCAACAUAGAGGCCCCUGAGGGUGCAGCCCCCAAAGGAGCCAGUUCUGCAGCACGGUGUGCAGCCCCCGCUGCAGUGACGCCGGGAGGGCCGUCACCAGGGUUGACACAAGGGCCCCACCUGUGGGGCUCUGGGCGCUGUCUCCAAACUCUCUAAAAGGAGGGGGAGCAAGGGGUGGUUUCCAGGCUCAAAAGCACUUUGCAGAAACUCGGGGACGUUGAGAACCACCUUUAGGCCACCCUCUUAGCACUCAAGGUCCCAGUGAUGGGAGACACUCGAGUUGUGUCACAAUGUUCAUUUUUAGUUCUUAAUGAGUGAUUUAUCUGGGAAAAGAUAACUUUAACUUUCCUGCUUUGAGCCAAGCCACUGUAGGGAAGAUUAACUUAGGUGGAUUUGAAGUGCAGCUCUGUUGGCUUGUACCUGCGGGUACAGCCUGUGGGUUUCUAUCCUGUGCCUUAAAAUACGGAGGUGUUUCCAGGUUCCAGAUUCAAACAGAAGAUGUGUAGCGACGCUGACCACAGUUCGUAUUCUGUGCUAUAAGAAUGUGUUCUCUGUCAAGAGAAUAAAGCUUUUUUUUUUUUCAAGAGCCUAAGCCAAAAGCCAAUCAGCGUGCAUAGCUGCGUUUACUCUGUGGUUGCUCCAUUAAUUCUGAUUCUAGCUGGAUCGCCCACUGCAAAGGGACGGCAGCAAACGGAGGAUUUUUUAAUUACAAAAUGUCCUUUUUGCUUAACUAAUUUUACAUGACAGUGCAUGUAUUUAUUUAAUAAAACUUUUAUGUUAGCUCA